AUGGACCUAUCAAACUCCAAAGUUGCAGACGAACAAUUAUCCAAUAACUCUGAUACGAUUUAUGGGGAAAUGUGCUCGGCUAGCAAGAAACCCUUAUGGUCCAAACGUCUUGCUUCCAUAGGAGCCCAUGAUGUUUUCAGACCAGAGGUAUGGAGGGCAGCUUUAACAGAGUUAGUAGCCACAGCCUUACUAAUGUUCACCCUCACAACCUCCAUUAUAGCUUGCUUGGACUCCCACGAGACUGAUCCAAAGCUUCUCGUUCCUUUUGCAGUAUUCAUCAUAGCCUUCCUCUUCUUAAUGGUCACUGUGCCUCUCUCUGGAGGCCACAUGAGCCCGGUUUUCACCUUCAUAGCUGCCUUAAAGGGAGUCAUAACUCUUACACGUGCUCUCCUUUACAUAAUAUCCCAGUGCAUUGGCUCCAUUGUUGGCUUCCUCAUCAUUAAGACUGUGAUGGAUGAGAGAUUAGCACUUACAUAUUCCUUAGGAGGCUGUGCUAUUAGUGGUUUGAAGCAACAAGAAGCUCUGUUAAUAGAAUUUUGUUGCACUUUUGUGGUUUUGUUUGUGGGAGUGACCAUUGCUUUUGACAAGAGGAUGUCCGUUCAUUUGGGACUGCCAAUGCUGUGUUUGGUGAUUGCAGGAGCCAUGGCGUUAGCGGUUUUUGUGUCUAUUGUUGUGACCGGACAGGCUGGAUAUGCUGGCGUGGGCCUAAACCCAGCAAGGUGUUUGGGCCCUGCGUUGCUUCAAGGAGGCCCAUUGUGGAACGGACAUUGGGUAUUUUGGGUUGGGCCCUUCUUAGCCUGCAUUCUCUAUUAUAUUGUCUCUUUGAACCUCCCUAGAGAGAUUUUUGUUUGA